GGAGGAGUAAAACUUUCCCUGUGCGCAACUGCAUCCAAAGCGCGCACAGCCCAUUCUGACCAUGAAACGCAUUUUAAACUUUAUCCAGUUUAGUUAAAAAGACGUGUGCAAUAGCAAGUUAUUGAAGAUAGCAUAGCAAUAUAUAUUUAUUGGCAAGUCUUGUUUUGGGACUGAGAAGUUUUCGGUGAUGGGCAUGGCUGUACUCUGGGGUUCCCCGGGGAGUUUUCUUCAUGUCUCGCUUACCCUGUUGAUCUGUGGCCAGUGUGCUGUGGCUUUCUCGGGCGCUGGACAACAAGAGAGGACCUGUGAGGCAAACGGCAGUGUUUAUUAUGUUGGCGAAUGGUACUUUUUAGACUCAGAUCAUUGUACCCAAUGCGAAUGUACAACAGACGGGUCUGCUUGCGCGCGGACUGAGUGCGCAUCCCUGCCUGCCGCCUGCAUCCAUGUCAGCCAUUACCCGAAGGACUGCUGCCCGAUAUGCGAGAAGAUCGGCUGUGAGUACGGGGGAGAAGUCUACGAGCUGGGGCAACACUUUCAGCCCUCAGCAUGCCAUCAUUGUACCUGUUACAGCGACGGUAUCGCCCACUGUCAGGUAGCAGACUGUGUCCCUCCACCGUGUGUUAAUCCAGUCUAUCAGAAAGGGAUAUGCUGCCCUCAGUGCAUGGAUGGGCCCAACUGUUACGUGAAUGCCUCUAGGACCCAAGUGAUCCCUGGAGGUGAGCCAGUGUGGGUCGACUCCUGUACUAAAUGUCGAUGUCAUGAAGAACAGGAUGCAGGUUAUUGGGAGGGCCACCGUCUGGCAAUGUGUUCCCAUGUCCGCAACUGCCAGCCUGAUGAGGGCUAAACUGAGGAAAGAGGUCAAAAAUGGGGUCAUCUGUCAUCCCAAUUUACACAAUGGAUGACAAAAACUCAGCAG